GCUCGGCAGCCGUCCCAACGCUUGCGAGGAGGCAUCGCGGAGGAGAGCGCAUCCCUUAGCUCAGGAGGAAAGGGCCCUUCUGCCUCUGCCCGCCACUAUGCCGGGCAGCUUGAUGCUGUGGACCUCCCUCCUGGGGAUCCUUGGUGUGGCCCAGGGCCAGAGUUUCCACGCGGGGCAGUGCCCGGACCCCCCAGUGCAGCAGCCCUUCCACAUCCACAAGUACUUGGGGAAAUGGUAUGAGAUUGAGAAGCUGCCCUCAACCUUCGAGAAAGGCCACUGCAUUCAGGCAAAUUACUCCAUGAAAGCCGACGGGAGAAUCAGAGUGGUGAACCAAGAGCUUCGGAUGGACGGCUCCAUUAACCACAUUGAGGGGGAAGCUUUUGGAGCAGAUCACAACGAACCGGCUAAGCUGCACGUGAAAUUUAAUUGGAUGAUGCCGGCAGCUCCUUACUGGGUCCUCAGCACAGACUACAAGGACUACGCCCUGGUCUACUCCUGCACCCCCUUCCUGUGGAUGUUCCACGCAGAUUAUGCCUGGAUCUUGUCCAGAACACCUGAGCUGCACCCGGAGACCGUGGACCGCUUGAAGGCCGUCCUCCAGUCCUACAAUAUCGACACAACUCUCAUGAGACCCACAGAGCAGAAGAACUGCCCUCCUGACAUGUAGCCCCCCCCAAUACCCCCUCCCCGGCCACGGGACAGCCUGUGCCGCUGCUCCUUGUACGCUUGCUCCCGUAGGGGCUUCCUUGAGCAAAGGGUGGGAGCAUCACUUGGGCCUGCCAGGAGAAAGGGCCCUCUCU